GUCCCGCCGGGUCGGCCUGAAAGACUUCGGAUCCUUAAUGAGUACCUAGUGAAUCUGGAGACGCGGGGGUCGUGACCGUGCCAGUUCUGGUUCCACUUCCCCAUAGUCCCUCUGCACCUGGGGGAUGGAAAUUCUCCUUGUUUAUGGCCAAAAGCUGGGGUAGAAAUAGAGCCACCCCCCUCUGCUCCGAGGAUGGGAUGGACAUAAAAUGGUUAUUCUGGCUGUGUCUGCAACCGCAACGUCGUUUUCAUCUCGCUUGAUCAAUAUCCUUCCGGCGCCAUCGUCUCCAGAAUGCCAACCUCCGGCGGGUCGGUCAAAGAUAGGCCCAAUGCUGCGGUUGAAUCCCAUACGGCGCAGCUGAGCUGGCUGGAGAGAAAGAUGAAGCCCAAGUCGGUCAGUAGACGGUAUCCCUUCAAAGGCGCACCUCUACUCUGGGCCACCUCUGCGUUUGGAGGGCUGGGAGAUGCGCUUUUCGGGUACAAUUCUGGCAUCAUGUCCGGCUUGCUGGUCAACCCGGUAUUUGUGUCCCGCUUCUUCAGCGACUAUGGAGGAGCUGACGGGUCAACCUCGUCAGUGGACCCCUCUAUCACAGGCAUAUCCGUUGCCUGCCUGCAGGCGUCGGCGGCGGCCGGCGCACUCAUCGCAGGCCGAGUCGGGGACAUGGUGGGCCGGAAGAAGUGCGUCCGCAUUGGCGCUUUCAUCUACUUUUUCAGCUCCUUCAUUCAGAUGUUUGUGCCUGGGUUUGCGGCCUUCGUGGUGGGUCGGACCAUUCAGGGGCUGGGGGUGGGAUUCCUCUCCAUGACGGUGCCCAUCAUCCAGACGGAGAUCGCCGCUCCCCAUCGCCGGGGACUCAUGGUCGGGAUUGAGUACACAUCCCAGAUCGCCGGAUAUAUGCUUUCCUGUUGGGCAGACUACGGCUUCUACUUCCUCCUGCCAAGUGAUAUGUCCUGGAGAGGUCCUUUCAUCAUCCAGAUUGUUCUGUCCUUCAUCUUACUGAGCAUGUCCUUCUUCCUCCCGGAAACACCGCGGUGGCUGGCAAUGAAUGGGUUCAUGCAGGAAAGCUUGCAAACAGUGGCGGACCUCCACUCCGAUGGUGACACCGAGGCGGAGCAUGUUCGGCGGGUUUUCCUGGAGAUAAAAGAAGCCGUUAUCUAUGAAGCUAACCUAGGGAAAUCCUCGUGGGGGGAAAUGUUCACGCGAUAUCGUAAACGAACGAUUGUUGGUGUUACAGUGCAAAUGUUCGCACAGAUCAACGGAAUCAACAUCAUCUCCUUCUACCUCCCUAGCACCCUCGCAACCGCUGGAUUUGACGAGCCCAAAUCGCUGCUAUACACGGCCGCAAAUUCGAUUCCUUACACCGCUGCAACCAUCGUCACAUGGUGGCUAGCGGACAGAUGGGGCCGGAAGCCUCUGCUCAUUCUUGGGGGUCUUGUCAUGGCGGUACUGCUCAGCAUUGUCUGUUCCUUCACCGAGGCCGAUCUUGACAUCCAACUCAAAGCCAAGGGGCAGUAUGCCUUUGUGAUGCUGUACAACAUCGUCUACGGAUUCACCUGGGGCCCGAUGCCGUGGCUUCUACCGGCCGAGAUCUUCCCACUCCGGGGCCGCAGCAAAGGCAUGGCGUUGGCCACCGCAAGUAACUGGGUCUUCAAUUUCGUCAUUGGCAUGGUGUCUCCAGUGGCUUUUUCGGGCAUCCACGGCUUCUUCUACCUGGUUAUUGGGGGGUUCUGUCUCACCUCCGCAUGCCUGGUACACUUUUACUACGUGGAGACGGCAAACCACAGCCUGGAGGAGAUUGCGAUCGCAUUUGGGGACCAGGCAUUUGCGGACAACGAUGCGGACGUCAUGGAAGUUGCCGACGCGAAGAGUGAAACUGGAGAAUUCCGAGUGUGACGGAAGGCUGUUUAUUGCGCUAUUGCAUAGCCAUUUGCGCAGCCUCUUCAUGAUGUUGAAAAUCAGCAACAGGACUCCAGUUAAUUACCAUCCUGC